AUGGCCAUGGCGGACCAGGCUGCGGCCAAGUUCCCCUCUUACACGCCCUACUGCUCUGCUGGGCCCUAUGUCACGGCUGUUCUGAUACCAUUGGGCAACUGCCGAGCUUACCCCCGCGGCAACAACGCCAGGAUCGUCAGGGCCGGCAAUUCUCGUUUUAUCCGCCUGGACCUUGGGCGGCCAGUGCGGGGGUGCCAGCGCUCGUACCGCUUCCAAUUGGUCAACUUCCGAGGGCGUGUGGUGCGCGGCCCUGUGGCGGGCGUGCUGCUGCUGCUCCUCCACACGUACGGCUGGUCCGUCGCCGCCCGCAACCGCCGCAAGUCCCUCGAUCGUCUCCGCUCGCGUCGCCGCGCGUCCGCCGCGAAGCAGCCUCAACGCGCGACGCGAAAGCGCGGCGCGCAGCAACCAGGUGAGGGUACUAUCUCUGCUGACUAUGGCGAUGGCGAUGGCGAUGGUGGUGGUGAUGGCGGUGUCGAUCCGCGUGGAGCGAAUUCUCCAAGUGGCAACACGACGGAAAACGCGGAGAGCUCGCGCUGCCCGCAUUGGCCGGCGGUGGCGGUGGUGAUGCCGGUGCGCGGCUUUCACGCGCACACGGCGAGCAACUGGGCGACGCACAUCACGGCGGAUUAUGCGGGGCCCGUGGAGUUCCUCAUAGUUGUGGAGAGCGAGGCGGACCGCGCGUACCAGGAGGCAUGCAAGUUCGCGGCGCGAUUCAACGAGGCGCAUAAAGGGGGGAGGGGAAGGGGGGUCGAAGGGAUGGUGCAAAAGCAGCAGGAGGAGGUACAUCUGAGGAAGGUUCGCGUGGUGGUAGCUGGCACCUCCACCACAUGCAGCCAAAAGAUCCACAAUCAGCUGGCCGGCGUUGCUGCCGCCCGUCUGGAAGCCGAAUUUGUCCUUUUCCUGGACGACGACGCGAGAAUGUACCCAGAGGCGAUCACUUACCUGGUAACAGACAUGCUUGGCCGACCCGACACGUUCCUUGUAACCGGUUACCCGUUUGACAUUCCGAACCCGGGGCCCGGCAGCAGCAACCCGCCCAUGCUAUCACCAGCCUACGCGCUCCUAGCACACCCCCUAGACCCGCACUUGUCCGCUCGGCAGUUCUGGAGCUACCUGCGGCGGCAGCUGUUCACGCUCACCACGCACUUCUCGCCGCUCAACCGCCGCCUCAACCUCUGGCUGCUGCUCAUGGGCAUGGCCUUCAGCUCUGUCAUGACCGCUUCCAUCGCCAUCUCCUUGGUGUUUCUCGCAAAGCAUGUGGUGCCGUGUGUGGCUGGUUCUGCCGCACCAGUUUUGGCCGGAGUCCAGCUGGUUGGGUCGCUCUGGGCGCUCGCUCGCGUGUUCACUCUCACCAUGCACUUCUCCCCCCUUAACCGCAGCCUCAACCUCUGGCUCCUGCUCAUGGGCGUCGCCUUCAGCUCCGUCAUGGUUGGGUCGAUUACCGUCUCGCUCUCGCUCCUGGUGCAGCAUCUGCUGCCUUGUAUGGCCGGUUUUGCUGCACGGGGUGUCCAGAUGGUUGAGUUGCUUGGGGCUGCUGCUCCUGUGUGUAAGGUUCCUGUGGUCGGUGUGGUUUGCCGUGUGCUGCCGUCCAGUGCUGCUGCUGUUGCAGCGACGCAGAUUGACGUGGCAGCUGCAGGAGGGGCAACAUCAGCAGGAACAGCAGCAGGUGCUGUCACUGACGCGUCGCCUGCAUGCCCUAGUGGGCUUGCCUUAGCUCAAGCUAACGCAUCGUGCAGCAUCCUGGGUGGCGAAAUCUCGCCAGGCCCUGCCCCAUCGCCAGCAGCAGCAGCAGCAGCAGCAAUGGCUCACCACAACAAACAACACACUAGGAGUUUACAUGAGGCAGCCUGGUCUCCUCCUCCCCCUCCUUCCCUCACUCCUUCAACACACCAUCACCCACCUCUCCCACCUCCCACUAGGCGUCUCACUAGCCCUGCUCCACCUGGCCUCCUUUGCUCUCGCCUCUCUCGCCCUCCUUUCAAUGAUUGCUGCGCAUAUUCAGACCUGCCGCUUUCUAGACCCUCAGGCUCCAAUUUGGCCAGACCGUGCGGCUGUGGCGGCGGUGGAUAG